AGAAGAUGUCCAAAUUAUAAAUGAAUAUUAUUAAAAUUGUCACUGAAAAUCAAGGAAAAAUUGACAAUAACGUACAAUGGUUAACCGUCCCGUAGUUACGGGACUAUCCCCAAAGGAAGGUCCGCCUGGAACUCGUGUUACAAUACGUGGUGAAUUCCUCGGUUCCAAAGCAAGUGAUUUGGUCGGACUUACAAUCUGUGGCUGUGAUUGUUUGUUGUCUGCCGAAUGGAAAUCCGAUAAAAAAAUCAUUGCUCGUACCGGAGCUGCUAAAGGCAAGGGUGACAUCAUUGUUACUACCAGAAAUGGUGGUGUGGGAACAUCUACCGUACAAUUUCGUGCUUACCAUGAGACCAUUGGACCAAUGAAAGAAUCUGCUGUGUGGAUCGAAGAGUCUCCAAUGCAGUCAUUGGCCUGGGGUAGAAGAUCGCUAGCACCGACCGGUUAUAUUCAGGAGGAUCCAUUAGGCUUAUCGAUCGAAGGCAACGACAAAAAAUUUCCAGAGGAUUUGCGUGAUAUUUUUCCUGAUGGAUCUGGUGAUUUGUCACAAGAAAACUUCUUACCUGGUUGGUUCCUGUUAGAAAACCACCAUGCAACGUCGUUUGAAGAUUUGAAAGCUGGUUUGUCAUAUUUAAGGAGAAGGGUCGAAAGUCAAAAGGAAGGCCAGCUAUCGUUUCUGAAAUCCAAUGCUGGAUCGGUGAUCGAUCAGCUAGACACGCUUAUGGCGUUGCGGGAUCGCGUUACACAAGAUACUAAAUUGCAUGGCAAAGAUCAGGUUAAGGAUCUAGAGAUAGCAAUAAAAAAAUCCAUAACAGCUUCACAGGAACUGUUUGAUGACGUGUUGGCAAGAAAAGAAAAAGCGGAUGCAACUCGGGCUGCUUUAUCGGCCUUGUCAAGACAUAAAUUUUUGUUCUGUCUGCCCAACUCGAUCGAAAAAAGUGCAAUGCGAAACGAAUUUGAUAUCGUAGUAAACGAUUAUGCGAGAGUAAAGAAUCUUUUCGGAAAAACUGAAGUGCCCAUUUUUAAGAAAGUUCUUGAAGAGGUAGAUGUCAAGAUAUUGGCUAUUCGACAGCAACUGCAUGGCAAAAUUAAGGAAAUGCCUCAAGGCGUUGAACAGCAGAAAAAAUUAGUAAAAGCACUUAUCAGUCUAGAGGUUCAACAAGCAGGAACAACAGGAUCCAACAAAUUUUCGAUUGAAGAUCCUGCUUGGGAUGCUAUAGAAGCACGCGCCAAAUAUUUGGAGGAUACUUUCCUAAAGUCUUACGAGCAAUACUCUGCCAAAGAGGGUGCACCUGGAGAGUCCAAGUCCCGUGCCGAUCCAAACGUUACACCCAACCGGGUGCAGUUUUGUGAAGAGAUGAAUGAGAUAGCGGCCAGUCAAUUUCCGGACCUGUGGCGUUUGGGACAAGCCUAUUUUACUGGAGAAUUGCGGGCCGUUGGUCAGCCCAAGCCGGGUAAUUUUAAACGAAUCAUUUUAACGGUUAUUGAACAAUUUUGUUGUUACUUAAAAAUGGCAUUGCUUCCGUCGAAUAGUCACAGAUCACUGCUAACUGGUAACUUAAAAGGUCUACCCACAUGGCCGGCCACAAACCUUUCGUUAAACUAUUUGAUUACUUGGAUGCCACACUGUUUGCGUUAUGUUCGGGUGUCUUACGCAACCUUGAUUCGGCUUGAUUUACCUGGGGAAGCACUCGAUAUAGUGCUUAAAUUAAUCGAUGAACUUCGUAUGUACUGUUUGUCGACAAUCCUCAAGAAAGCUAAUGAAAAAGUGAAAAAGCUUCAUGAAAAAGAAACAUGGGAGUUCACAGUGCCCGAGUUUGCUGGAGCAACGUCAUUGCCAUCUAAGUUGGAAGAAAUUCUUACUGAAGCAAUUGACGAUGCUCAAGCAAUUUGCCUAACACCAGAGAUCCGAGAAUCGUCGCUACUUGAACCGCAGUCUGAUGGACAGCGAGAAAUGUCCAAACGGAUUCAGGAAAUGUUAGCCACUUUCAGUGGAGUAAUAGAGACCUUGGCACUGCAGCGUUCGGAUGAGGACCCGCAACAACCGCCAAUGUUGUCGCAGCUAAUCGGUUUUCCGGCUGCAUUACUUCAGCAACAGGUGUCCGGUGACAAAAGUUGGGGCUCCAGCAUUACCUGGGAGCAUCGUUUGCUUUGUUGCCUGUCCAAUUGUAUAUACUGCAACAAGAUCUUUUUCCCCAAGCUGGGCACGCUGUUUAGUAAAUAUGGUUAUCCGGUUCCAACGAUUGCAAUUGAAAAUUCGCGGAGCACCGUUAACAUUCUUUUCAGCAGCCUUCUAGAUAUGUACGUGGAGCAUAAGAGCGACCCAUUGGUUGGUACAAUUGAACCUUCCAUGUACAUUGGACGGUUUCAGUGGGAUCAGGUCGGUCCUUCUGAUAAACUUAGCCCAUAUGCACAUGAAUGUUGCGAUAAUCUUGUUUCCGUAUAUUCGGAGAUAUUUUCCAUUUCCCCUGUGUUGCUUCGACCCGUUCUGGAGCCAAUUGUACAAACCGUUGCCGAAGAGCUUGCCCGGCUAAUGACCUGUGUACAGAAGUUCAACGUGAACGGAGCUUUGCAGGCGAAAAUUGAUAUUCACGUGAUUCGUGAUGCGGUUCGAGUUUACAGUAACGAUACCGCGAAAUCGUUUUUCGUCGAGGCAUUGGAAGCAAUUCCUCAGGUUCCUGAGAGCGAGGAGCGAACUCAAGAAUCGGUGAAGCAAAUCAAAAACAAUAUGCGGCUGCAGUUGAUGUGUCUACAGGUCAUCAAUCCCUGACAUGACUCUGUUAAUUUUAAACUUCUUUACACUAAGGUAAACAAAAAGGUUCUAAGCUAAGAAGACUCGUCAUAUUGGCGUUCAUAACAACGCGGUAUUAAUGACCCAAUUUUUCAUGCAAUAUAACAUAUAUGUGU